AUGGAUGUGAAAGAAAGGAAGCCGUAUCGUUCUCUGACCAGGCGCCGGGAUGCGGAGCGUCGCUACACCAGCUCGUCCGCAGAGAGCGAGGACAGCAAGAUACCUCAGAAGUCGUACAGCUCCAGCGAGACUCUGAAGGCUUACGACCAGGACUCCAGGCUGACGUACGGCAACCGGGUGAAAGAAAUGGUGCACCAGGAAGUGGACGAGUACUGCCGAACAGGUACGGUUCUUGCACCCUGGCCUCCUUGAAGUUGGGCAGUUGGGGAGGGCACUCAAAGUUUUUUUUCCCAUCUAUUCCUGGACUGCCUUUCCACCCAAAGUAGCCCAGGCGGUAAAACUCCCAAACGUGAAAACCAAACAUUUAACAUAAAAUGGAAAAAAAGCAUAUUUAUAACCUUGAAACACCAUCCAGAAACAUUUGGAACAGUAGUUUCCAAUUGGUGGUCCACGGACCCCAAGGGGUCUGCAUGACCCACCCAGGGGGCAUGUGGCACUGUCCCAAAUUGGGACAUUCCAUUGGGGGGGACGUGCUCUUGUGCAAGAUCACAGUUCCCCAAAAUGCUCACUUUUUAGUCACCAUGAUCUCACGGUAGGUCACACACACACGGCACUGGGACAUGUCAGAGGGUAUGGUGGCAAGGACGUGGGUGGCGCUGUGGUCUAAACCACUGAGCCUCUUGGGCUUGCCGAUCAGAUGGUUGGCAAUUUGAAUCCCCGCAAUGGGGUGAGCUCCUGUUUCUCUGUCCCGGCUCCUGCCAACCUAGCAGUUCGAAAGCACACCAGUGCAAGUAGAUAAAUAGUUACCGCUGCGGUGGGAAGGUGGGAAGGUAUUUGGCUGAGGAGGUUAGGGCUGUGAGAGAACACUGACUAAAAAGGGAAACAGGAGCAGGAAUUGCCACUUAUAAGCAUCCCAUAUCUGGAGCAGAAAUCAAUUCAGCAAACCACCAACCAGCAGAAGCCUUUCCUCCAAAGAGGUCUCCCUGGGGCCCCGAGUCCUGACACCAAGUUAGCUGCAAGUGAUAAGAGGGGGAAACCUUGCUGAGCUGAUUCCAUAGGUAAACCUCAAGGGCGGUGCAAGCUUUCUCUGUUUCAUUAGCCCUUCUCCAUCCUCUCGCAGCUGCGAGGUGGUGAAAUGGGAUGGCUGCUUCCCUUGCAAGGAGGCCCAGUGGUGUUAUCCGGAUUAAUUUAUCAUAGGCUCGCUCCUUGUUCUCUCGACCAGCUCUGCAGAAUUGGCGGAGCGGCUAUCCCCAAGCCUGUCAAUGCUGUCAGGAAGCUUAAUCUGUCUUAGGUAAUUAAAAAAGGUGUGAAGUUCACCCUCAGCUCCUGUUCUCAUGGUAGACGACUUGUUUCAAAUAAUGGCGGGGGGGGGUUGUGUGGUUGCGGGGAGAGUUUCACCAGCCUUUCCUCUACAACCCCCUCCGUGCAAUUAUUAGCGCAUCCUUUGGGCCUGGCGCUCCCUGCAACUUCACCUCUGCCUAUGGGGAAGUCGAUAUCAAUGGCGCAUAGAAAGAGAAUAGAGAAAAGGCGUUUCUCUUUUUUCUAAUAAUUAACUUUAACUGAAGGUUUUCCACAAAAGAUACAAAGAAAUCAUGCCAAUUUAAAACAGGAAAACAGAAAAAAGGGAUGAAGAAAAGAAAGAAAAGGAGAUUACACAGUCCUCUGUCAAAAUUAACUACAGUCAUACCUCGGGUUACAGACGCUUCAGGUUGCAUUUUUUUGGGUUGCCCACCGCUGAAACCCAGAAGUACCAGAAAGGAUUACUUCCGGGUUUCGGCACAUGCGCAGAAGCGCUAAAUUGUGCUUUGUGCAUGCGCAGAUGUGCCAAAUCACAACCCAUGCGUGCGCAGAUGCGCCGCUGUGGGUUGCGGACAUGCAUCCCGCACAGAUCACGUUCGCAACCCGAGCGUCCUCUGUACUGUAUUGGCUUUCCCCCCAAAUUCCAACUGUGAAAGGUUAAAAGUGUGGCUUAUAUUCGCGACCUUAUGGUAUGCAGCCAGGAGUGCGGGGCAAACAGCGCCAGGAGUGCGUCAAAGUGGUACCUGCCCUGUGUGUAAUCCCCUGUUCUCUCCCCCAAGCCUGGGAAGGGAGAGAGCGAGGGAGGGGAAAGACCGCAGGCAACGAAGUGUGGCUACACACACACACACACACACACACACACACACACGGUAUGCAGCCAGGAACAGUGAGGAAGGGAGCGGCUUAUAUUCAGGUAUUUUUUCUUAUUUUUUCUUCUUUCCUCUUCAAUUUUAAAGGUGCAGCUUAUAUCCGGGUGCGGCUUAUAUCCAGGCCAAUACAGUAUUAAUCCAUCCCAGCUCUCAUCUGGGAGCUUCCCCCUCUUCCCCCUGCCUCUCACCCUGGGAGACCCUCUUUACCUGCCCCUCACAAAGGGCCCUUCACCUUCCUUCCUUCCAUCUGCCACCUCCCCUUGUGUAUCUUCCUUGAUACGAGAUAGGGAACUUCAAAUUAUAGAACAAAACAUAAGCAGAACGAGAAGAAAGAAACAGGAAAGGAAAUCAGAAAAAGAAAGUAAGAUAUAUAAAAAAGGCUAAAAGUUCAGAAAUAGGAAGGGCUUCCAAUUCUCCACCUUCUCAAUCAUGUAUGUAACAAUUAUGCAGAAUGUUCAGUGUGUUCAGGAGAGCCAGUGUGGUGUAGUGGUUAAGAGCGGUGGACUCGUAAUCUGGGGAACCAGGUUCGCGUCUCCGCUCCUCCACAUGCAGCUGCUGGGUGACCUUGGGCCAGUCACACUUCUCUGAAGUCUCUCAGCCCCACUCACCUCACAGAGUGUUUGUUGUGGUGGAGGAAGGGAAAAGGAGAUUGUUAGCCGCUUUGAGACUCCUUUGGGUAGUGAUAAAGCGGGAGAUCAAAUCCAAACUCCUCCUCCUCCUCCUCCUCCUCCUCCUCCUCCUCUUCUUCUUCUUCUUCUUCUUCUCCGUUUUCCAUAAUACUAGAACUUGCAGACAUCCAGUGGAUUCAGGGCAGGGAAAAGGAAGGCCUUCUUCAUGCAAUGCACAGUUAAACUGUGGAACCCGCUCCCACAGGAGACAGUGAUGGUCAUGAACCGAGAUGACUUUAAAAGAAGAUUGGACAAAUUCAUGGGGGAAGAGGGCUAUCGAUGGCUACUAGCCAUGGGGGGUGGCUAUGUUCUGCCUCCACAAUUGCAGGCAGCAAUGCUUCUGAACACCGGUUGCUGGAAACCACAGGAGAGAGGAGAGUUGCUCUUGUGGUCGGAACCUGUUCGGAGAUUUCCCACAGGCGCUGUGAGAGCAGGAUGCUGGGCUGGAACGGGCCAUUGGCCUGGUCCUGCAGGCUGUUCUUGUGGUGUAGUGGUUAAGAGUGGUAGACUCGUAAUCUGAUGAACCGGGUUCGAUUCCUCGCUCCUCCACAUGCAGCUGCUGGGUGACCUUGGGCCAGUCACACUUCUCCGAAGUCUCUCAGCCCCACUCACCUCACAGAGUGUUUGUGGUGGGGGAGGAAGGGAAAGGAUAAUGUUAACCGCUUUGAGACUCCUUAGGGUAGUGAUAAAGCGGGAUAUCAAAUCCAAACUCCUCCUCCUCCUCCUCUUCUUCUUCUUCUUAGCUAAGCAAAUGCUUCCCUGUAAGGAACAAAAACAACACCGAGAGAGACACACACACACAGAAUCGCCAGGUUGCUUGUGCUGAGUGGAGCACCCGGUGCCACCUGUGUUAUUGCAAAAGUCCUUCCCUGCUGGGAGCAGGCUUGUGGCGAGGCAGCUCUUCAGCUCUUCCACAGGUGUGACCUACAUAAUAACACACCACAAAAGAGUGUAAAAAUCAUAGCUAUUUUUCAAACGCAGGAGUUGAAGGGAGCCGUCGGUUUAAAGGUGGACGGCCUGAGCUUGGAAACACGGAGCUACCAGCCGAAGAGCGUUUCUGCCUUGCAUUUUCUCUUCCCUCUCCAUAGCAUGCAGCUCAGUGCAAAUCAUUGCUGUGCAUCCUCUCUCCCUCCCUCCCCUCCAUUUCAUUGGUUCAUGGGGAGAAGAAAUAAUAAUAAUAAUAAUAAUAAUAAUAAUAAUAAUAAUAAUAAUGAAUUUAUAUACCACCCUUUAUCAAAAGAUCCCAAGGCGAUGUACAACAUCAAAAACACAUUAUAGAACAUCAAUGAUAAAAACAUAGUAUAAACAUAGUAAAAAGCGUACUGACAGCCCAAUAGUAAAAUAAUCAUCAUAGUAAAGAGUCUUCACCCCCACACUUUUACAGGCCAUAAAUUAUUCAAUAGCCAUAGGCCUGAGUAAAGAAGAAUUGCAGUGGCAUCAGGACAAGAGCUAGUUAGCCAGAGCAACCUCAAGUGGCCAAUAGGAUAGUAGCAAAAAUGGAGCCACAGUCUAUUCCUCCAGCUACAAAGCUGCACUCAACACCUUGCUGAGACAACUGAAAUCUCCUGCCUCCGCUGCAGGGCUGUUGUCCGCGGUCCUGAACUAGUUCUGCAGUCCCUGUCCAAGGUCCUGAACCUAGCUUGACCUUAAACUCAGCUUACGCAGACUCUCUCUAUGGAAGAGCUUCCCCUCAAUCCUCUUAGCCACCUUUUUCAGCCAUGGACCGGUCCACCAUCCCUCAGACCAUGUGGUGGGCCGGAGUAUUUUUUUGGGGGGGAAAUAUGAACGAAUUCUUAUGCCCCAAAAAUAACCUAGAGAUGCGUUUUAAAUAAAAGCACACAUUCUACUCAUGUAAAAACACCAGGCAAGCCCCACAAAUAACCCAGAGAUGCAUUUUAAAUAAAAGGACACAUUCUACUCAUGUAAAAACACACUGAUUCCCAGACUGUCCAUGGGCCGGAUUGAGAAGGCGAUUGGGCCGGAUCCGGCCCACGGACCUUAGGUUGCGUACCCCUGCUCUUAGCUGUUCUGCGCCUAGAUAGCUGGAGCUAUCUCAAGUGGCCGAUAGGAUGGUAGUCCAAAUGGAGCCACUGAGACACAGAAACGGGGUACCCACAUGCUCGGGGGGAAAGGGUGUCAGAAAUUUCUUGUUAGAGAAAAUAAAUUUAUUUUUUAAUUGUUGUGACCCACCUGGAACCUAAGAGUCAAGGGCGGGUUAUAAAAUAAUGCUAUUACUAAGAGCAAUGGCAAUAAUCCCCAACCUAAAUGAUAGGAUCGUUCUGACAGUAUUUGGGAUUAAUGAGCUGGAACAGAAGAUUAGAAUAUAAGAUUUCUGGGUACUCUCUUGCACCCUUGCAAUUCUGUUUGACAAAAAUAAAUGAAGGCGGCAGAGGGGGGAGUGAUAUGAAUUUGAUAAAUAAAUGGGGCUUAUAACAGAAAAACUAAUUGGUGAAGACAACUUUCCUGAACUUUCCUCUUCCUUUUGAAGAGGCAGGACUGAUAUUCAAAUGUUUAUUUAUUCUGCCUUGAAACGAUUAUGUGGCUCUGCAGGUAACUAGAGGCAAAUUCAAGAGCCCUUUCUUCCCAGGUAAUAUUUUUAGCCAGCUAAACAAUCACAUCUGUUCUGCUGCUGAACGGAUUCUGCUGUGACCUUAUUGGAGUGGAAAAUGUCAAGGGCAGGUGUCUGAGCGGAUGACCUUGGGGUUCCAAAUGGACUCGUUUUGUGUGAUGCAGAAAGUGUGUUACACACUGGACUUGGAAUGAUGUUCCCACAGGGUGGGUUUUCCCUGGCUGACUGGCCCCCCAAAAUUCCACAUCAGGAUCUUGAAAGAGAGUCAGCCCAUGUGCAACUGUACGCAGCCUGCUCACAUGCGACUAUGCACAGCUGAGAACCUAGCAAAAUGCAGGUUUCAUGAUAAUGCAGACAGACGUUUGUACGUGAGCAAGGUCUGUUCCAACCUUUCGGAGGCUGAAGGACAGACCAGAGUGUGCUGCUUCUCCCCACCAACUCAAGUUCAAAUCCACACACACAAUUGUGUGGGUGGAAUUGGAGAGCACAACCAUAUGACUCACACUGCACACUUAUUUUUAAGCCAGCAUAUCAAUUGAAUUGGAGUAGGCAAGAGCGUUGUGCUUGGACCAGAGAUGCAAUGUUCAAAUUCUUGUUCAGCUCUCACCCUGGGUUGGAGAACCAGCAUGUUGCUGGGCUAAAACUCCCAUAAUCCCUGGCUGUCGGCCAUGUUGGCAGGGACUGAUGAGGUCUGGAUUCUGGCAACAUAUGGUGGGCCACAGGUUCCCUAACGCUGAUACAUCUCCAAUGGAAGGUCCACACAAUGUAACAUAACAUCUGCUGGUAAACGUCUUCAUUAUCCCUUGUUAGACGGACAUCCCACAAUGUUCUGCUCUCUUCUUUUUUCCCAACCCUCUCCCCCAUUUCUGCCCCAGGAGCCAACUUUUCCUUGCGAGAGCUGGGCCUCGAAGACGUAUCACCUCCGCCGCACGGGACUCUGUACCGGACAGAUAUAGGGCUGCCCCACUGUGGCUACUCCAUCAGCGCCGGCUCGGACGCCGACACGGAAGCCGACGCAGUCAUGUCUCCGGAGCACCCCGUGAGGCUGUGGGGGCGCAACCCCAAGUCGGGCCGCAGCUCCUGCUUGUCCAGUCGAGCCAACUCCAACCUCACUCUCACCGAUACAGAACAUGAUAACACCGAAACUGGUAAGAGAGACCGCCAGGGAGAUACUGGAGCUUCUGUUCUGCUACUUAAUCUUCUGUCCAUCUGUUUGUCUUCCAUCCUGUUGUUUUGUGUCCCAGUCUUGGUUUUUGUCUUCUAGACUUGUCCUCUGGAUGUUGUUAGCCUGCCUCCAUCAGCCCCAGCCCGUAGAAUGGGCCAGCUCAGCCAUUAGACUCUGUGGGGCAGUUGCUUCAGGUUUCAGGCUGGGGACAGCUGGGAGGGGCGUUCUCCUCUGGGGAGCACACUGUUUACUACCUUCUGAGCUUAUCGCCCAUCAGUGGUGUGUGGUAUAAUUUUUCAUAGAGGAACAGUUAGGGCCAGAGGUGCCAGCUUACAAGUGUGACCGGGGGGCGGGGUUCAAUGUUGUGUGUGUGACAUUGCAUAGGUGAGCAUAGCACCUUCUUCCUGUUGGGAUGCUGCUAAGGAAUUGAGGGCUAUUGGCAGGCCCCCAGCUGGCUCCAGCCCACCAACCGACAUGCGGGUCGAACUCCAGUCCUUGGUGCAGCAUGAAUCUGUGACCCAGAGCUUCAGAAGCUGGGCACGCAACUCAGCAGAGUAAACGCACAACAGAAGUGGCAGGGAGAGGCUGCGUGAAGCAUAUCUACAGGCAGUUUAUUUAGCAAAGGAAAAAACAUGUCUUCUCCCUUUCGGGUCCAAGCAAGCAGCAUAAGCAAAAGCUAUACACAAACGGAAGUUCCCAGCAAGCUGUGCUGGAAUGUAAACAGGCAUGUGACACAUAACAGUCAUGCCUGUCCCUCUUAAGGUGGAAUGGAAUAUUCUAACACUUCCUUAAGCUGGGCAGAAGCUUCCUGGGCUUUGGAAAGGAGGUGCCAGGGGAACAUUUAGGGGACUAGCCCAGCCCCCCUAGUCCACUGACCACACCCCACUGUCACCCAUGAUCACUGCCUGGGAAGGAUGAAGCCACCUGUUCCUCUUCAGGUAGCAGCAGAGGAGGAUGAAGCAGGACCCCUUAGGAGCAGAAGGUGGGGAGCACCAUUUUCUGUUUUGCCUCAUGUGGCAAAAUGCCUUGGGCUGACCCUGGCCAGGCACGAUGGGAGUUGUAGUCUAUCCACGUCUGGGUGGGGACAAAAGGUUCUCCAGCAGCUCUGGGAUGUUUGAUUUGGUUAUGAGGAAUGGCGGAUGCGAAAUGGGGGGCAGAAUAGUAUUCUUUUUGUACUUCACUGGCAUGGCCUCUUGUCGGCGGCGUUGUGCUACGAAAAAGGUUCCCGUUUUGCUCGUCGUGGAAAAGCGGCGCUAGUUCAGCAGCCCCUGAGCUCUUCGCAGGGCCCGUUCAGCCGCCCCCCAAAAAAACGGAAAAACGCCACCCAAACUCCUGCAUUUGAAAUUUCACCCUAUCAAGCGUUUUCUCCUCUCUCUUUCCUCCCCGCUUUCCUUAUCUCUCAAACUGAUAUCCUAGCAGAUCAUUUCCAAGCCCAUCUCGGCUGACUCCCGCCACUUAUGUAAAUAACCCCGGCUUCUCUCUCUGUGAGGAAGGAAAAGAAAAGGCGUAUUUUUAGAAACUUGUCUUUUACGAAAACUUGAAGGUCACAGGGUGUUUCCCCUUCUUCUUUCACCUCCUCGGUUUUGUCUCCCCGGCCGCGGAGAUGUCUCCCAGUUGCGGGGUUGGCGAUGGAAUGCACAUUUCGAGGUCAACAGUUCUGUGAGGGAGAGUGUGCCACAGUACGCAAUUGCGGCUUGA